UUUAAUCGUUUUCUCUGGGUUCCAUUUUUUCUCAUACCCCUUUUAUCCAAUUUUAUCAGCGGUGGUGAUUUUCCUGUUGAUCAGUUCUAUAUCUUUUCGCUGUUGAUGACUGCCCUGCCCUUUAACCCCUUUCUUUUAAAUACUAUUCUUCUUCUUGAAGUUUUUUAGAUGGGCUGCACUAGAGUACUUAAUGGAGCACGGGUCGUACCAGGAUCAAUCAAAGGCGACUUUUUCAUUGACGGAUGAGGAUCAUACCCUUGCUAAUUCUCUUAGAUUUACUCUAAAUCAAGAUUCCAGAGUAACAUUCUGUGGCUACAGUAUCCCACAUCCUUCUGAUGCCCGUGUGAAUAUUAGAGUCCAGACAACAGGAGAUGCGGCUAGGGAAGUACUGAAGGAUUCAUGCCAAGAUCUGAUGCUAAUGUGUCAACACGUUCGAAGCACCUUUGACCAGGCUGUUCUGGAUUUUAAGAAUCAAAAGAAUUUAGAAGCAGUCAAUAUCAAAUGAUGAUAUGAUAACUGGUGGUAUACAUCCAUUUGAUGAUGCAACUAGCCCUUUCACAAAACAUUCUUUGCACUCUUUUGGGCUGCCUUUUCAAGUCAAUUGUAGGCUGGAUGUCUGGGAUGUUGUGCAGGGCAGGAUGCAGAUACAAGUACUUGUCUGAUAUAGAUACUUUGUGUAGAGCCAAUAGAAUGGACAUGCGAGGAGCACCAGAUAAUUUGUAGUGGAACUUAAUUGUUUGAUGACAAUAUAAUCUUUUUCGAGCAUGUUACGUGAGAUUUUAUUAUUAUUUCUAA